AUGAAAAGGAAUAGGGAUACGAAGAUGGAUCACAAGAGUGGGAAGAUGAAUGCUAAUGAUAGGAACCAGCAGAAUAACAUUAAACAGGAGUUUAAGUCUGAUUUGAAUGAGGCGGCGAAUGCCCAACCUAAAUAUAAUUUCAAUAUCAUGGUUUCAGAUGCCAUGGCAAAAACUUCAAAACAGUUAUUAUAUGCUCAUAUUUACAAUUAUCUUUUACACAAUAAACAUUUAGAGACUGCGAAACAGUUCUUGAAAGAGGCAGAUGUUCCAUUAUUGACUGGGAAUAAUAAUGAUGAUGUGGCUGUUAAAAACCCCACCGCUGCAACUUUAUCACAAAACGAUUUAAACCCAAGAGAAUUAUUACCUACAAAGAUGUUAAUGAAUGCGAAUGAUACUUUCCUAUUAGAAUGGUGGGAGUAUUUUAGUUCUGUUUACGAUUUCGUAGAUACUAGCGAUUUAUCUGCUCUACAAAAUAAUGAUUUCUUACAAGAUAGAAUUUUUCCAAUUUUACCAACUUCAAAUAAAGUGCCAACACAAAGAUAUUCAAGGCAACAAUCAGAUCAAGUGCAGAUGAAUCAAAAUAGCACAGGCAAUUCUAGCAGAAGUGGGAUGGGUACUCCGAUUGCAAAUCCAUCAAACCAGAAUUAUCAACACUCCUCUAACCCAAAUAGUGGUACUCCUACUUCAACUGCUAAUAAUAAUACAAAUAAUAAUAACAACAAUAACAGUAAUAACAAUAAUAGUAAGCAAUUUGCUCAGCAAACCCUUAAUUCACAAUUACAAAAUGGCGUUGUAUACCCGUCUAAUCAAAACGGACAGCAGCAUGCAAGAAGACCUCAGUCAGUGUCAAGUGACAUUUCAAAUACGAUGAGUAUGGAUGAACAACAGCAACAGAUGAACCUACUCAAGCAAGUUAAUUCACAAAAUCCACAACUUAUGAAUAACAUGUUGUUUCAAAACGUUCAGCAACAAUCCUCAUCUUCUCCAAAUACUCCUGUUUCUGCAAAUAACGUCGAUGGCAACGGUCAAUUUCCUAUAAGUAAAAUGAACUGGAAUAGAAUACAGAGAGAAAGAAUGAGAAUUAUGCGCCAGCAGCAGCAGAUCCGCCAACAACAGAUGCAACAACAACGGCCACAACCAAAUCAGCAACAAAUACAACAGCAACAACAGCGUUCGCAACUGCCACAACAACAAGCUCAGCAACGUAUACAGCAAGCUAAACAACAGGUAUCUCAACAGCAACGUCCACAUCCAACGCAACAGCAAGUUCAUCAAAUGCAGCAAAUGCAAAAGCAACUUCAACAGCAAUUACAACAGCAGUCUGUUAUGCAGGGACAACAACAAGGUCCUAUGCAACUACAACAAGGUCAGACUCAAUCUCAAGGUCAGGGACAAGCACAAGAUGCUCAACAACAGGGACAGCCGUUAUCUCAACAGCAAAUGAAACAAUUAAGAAAUGGAGGCAAUGUCGAUUCAAACAUUCAACAGCAAUAUAUGUCAAUGAUGAUGCAAAUGAUGAUGCUUUCGAAAAACAAUCAACAAAUUCCUCAACAAAUGCAGCAACAGAUGAUGCAGCAAAUGCAACAGCUUCAGCAACAACAACAGCAGGCUCUACAACAAAACACAGGCAAACCACAACUUUCGCAUCAAUUUGUUGUUCCAGUUAAUAAUCAAGUUGUCACUACUCCUGGAGGGAGCUCAACUUCUGCUAGAACUAAAUCUAAUGCUAGAUCUACAAAUACUAAUAAAAAGAAAAUGGAAACAGUAUCCAAGAAAAAUAACAAACGUUCUGAUAUUAACAGCCCUGCAACAAUAGUGCCUAUCAGUACACCAACUUCGAGUGAUGGAAAUAUCAUUAGCAGUACACAGGGAACAAAUUUCCCUAUAGUAAAUUUAAGUCAAGCUCCAACUCCCACAUCUAAGGCGGAAGGAGAUGGGGAAGCUGGUCAAAAUAAAAAGAGAAGACGUAAGAAGCCAAAGACUCCAAAUACUAAUGUUUCUGCAAGUACACCUACUGCAGGCAAUACCGCUAAUAGUACACCUGUCACUACUAGUGGAGUAAACAGCUCUGUAGUUGGUUCUGCCACUACAUCCAAUGAUAAGAGAACGCCAUCAAAUACAGUUGCUAAUAACGACGGUUCUAUGCAAACAAAUGUAAACGAACUUGAUAUUGGUCUAGGAAUGAACACCAAUAGCAAUAAUAAUAAUAAUAAUAAUAAUAAUAAUAAUAAUAAUAAUAAUAAUAAUAAUAAUAAUAAUAAUAAUAAUAAUAACAACCCCAAUAGCAAUUCAAGAGAUAAAAUAAAUAACAAUGAUUUGAAUAUGAAUCUGGAUAUGAUGUCGUUUGGGAACAGUGCAUCCAGUAUGGGUCUAAACGAUGGGUUUCAAUUGUUUGACAUGGACGGGUUUCCAAAUGACAUUAUGGGUAGUUAA